UAACCAAGUGAAGCCCAGCCCAGCAUCAGGAUAAAGACAGAAACGUUCUUCUCCUGGAAGAGGUCCGUGGAUUCGAUGCUUUUAGCUGUGCAGUCCAUGGAGUCCUCUUCAUCGUCGACUUCGUCGAAUUUUCUAUCUUUUUGGAAUUAUCUCAAUCUGCUACUAUUCCGACCGAUUAUCGCAAUCUUUUUCGUCCUCUCCUUCAUUUUUCUAUGGUGGUGGUUGGCAUGGAAGUUAGUUCUGGUACACGUGCCACUGGUUCAAGAAAUUUUCGGUCUGAGAAAAAAACCGGUUAAACCAAAGCCGCCGACUCGUCGAUUAUCGAGAUAUUAUAACAGCAUCAACGCUCAAAGUUCUUCUUCUCAGUAGAACAUAGUUUGACAAGGGGAUGUCAAUUAAGUUAAGGUGAAAUGGAUGUGAUCAUCGGCACUGUUAAGCAAUGCGAACCCUUACUAUGGGAGAAACUUUGCUAUGAUUUCAAAGGUGGUAAUAAGCAGUUUUAUCACCCUGUGGUACACCAUCUGCGCCUGGUGUGCAGCUGCAGUUAGUUUAGAAUGAAAGGGAUGACUUCCUAUUGUACAAAUAAACAAGGCAAGGUUAACUCAUUUUUCUGCUUUAGACCUUGAAAGGUGUAAUUUGGUAAUUGGGAUUUAUUACUGUGCACACUCUUGAAGGCACCUACAGGGAUUUCAUUCCUUUUGCUGCCAUCCGGGAUGCAAUGAAAGAGGAAUUUUGUCAAAAAAGAAAAGGUGAUUAGCCAAUGGUUAAUUUACAAAUAGAAGUGUCAAAGGUUAAUAUUCUUUUACAUGCUCUUAAUUUUGCAUACUCUCUAUAGUCAGUCAGUUAGUGAGAAGAAUCUUGUAUAAUGGUUGGAAUUCUGUUCCUUUGCAGUAGUUUGUUUUUAAAGGGUUUUCCUUUUGUUAGUUAGUUUGUUUUACUUAUGCUAGUGUUGGGGUUUCCUAUGUGCGUCUCUCUCUUGGCCUGUUCCUUAUUUACUUUUCACUUGUACUCUUAUUGUAAAGACCUCCUCCUCCUUGUAAUUUAAAUUAUCUAAAGGUGCAUCUAAAUGCUAAGAGGAGAGAGGGGAGGAAAUAUUAUUAAAUUUGUCAAAGUGGCUUGCGUUUCUGUCAAUUCUUCUUUCAUAUGUGCCUAUAAUUAUCACUGGCAUGUUUAAUCUGUGUGGGUCAUUAACUUGGUUUAUCUUAUACUGCAAAAGAGGUGAAUUGACUUUUUCUAUGAAUUGAUUUGUGAAGUAUUUUCAUCCACAAUCUGAGUGCACCUUCUGUGUAGAUGAUGGCAGCCAUAAAGCUCCGUUUUCAAAUGAUGGAACCCAACUGAAUGCUGGCAGUUCACAAUAUAGAAGACAGCUCAGAGUGCAGGAGAUCGAAAUUCUUCAUCUCCUUCAUGCUUUGAAGGACCAGAAUGGAUCUCAUUUCCAAAAUAGCAAAUGCAAACUUGUUAAUUGGUUGAUGUAAAAGAAGGAAUUGACAUUACACUUUAUGAUAUCAGGAGGAUUGGAGAAUGUAGUUUCUGCUUCUGUAAAUAGAUUUUAAUUGGUUGUAAAGAAUUGGGUUCUUGAAAAUAUACGUGAUUAUCAAAAGCUUGCUGAUCUCUCUUGUUCCAUUUGACUUUAAUGUUAGUUGAGUGGCAGGUACAUUUAUGUCACUGAAAUUAGCUUUCCUGUGAAAGUAAAAUAUAAGUGAUUUGGCAUCUCACAUCAGCAAUCAGCAAUCAGAAAUGGCUACAGAACCUUAUUAUGAAACGGUGGCGGAAGGGCUUGAGCAAUGCUCAAUUAAUUUCCUGUUCUUCUCCCUGGGUGUGAUGACAUGGGAGCACAAAGACUGGGAAGAGAAUCACAGCUAUUACCCUUGAUAGGGACUUUUCUGAAUGCGACUUCUAAGUUGCAAGAUGCAAGUGCUUUGAUAGGCACCUAUGCCAAACAGCAGACGUGGUAAAACGAGGAUGGCCAAGCUGUUCUUAGUCUCAUUGUCAGACUCUGAAGUUAAAGAAGAUUCUGCUAUGGAACGCUAUUAUUAACCUUUCUCGAGGUUCUUCCUACAUGUUUGUGAGUGAUGGACGCAAAUUUUCAGUUAAAGAGGAAUGACCGCAGAUGGGUACAGCAUCGGGAAUAUAGGCUCUAGGAUAUGCGCAUGUAUGUAGUGAAAA